CUCAAGCGCGCUUCCAGCACUGCAGCGCCUGUCCUUGCCGCCCAACCUGCCCCACAGCCUUCGCAUGACUUCAACAUCGAGUGCAUCAAAGAGCAGUACUUUGGCGUUGGGGAGGGGAAGCCGUGGUGUUUCUGAGAUUACAGGACUUCCAAGUCUCUCGCGGAAUGCGAGGAAAAGUACCCCGCACUGCUUCCAGGCGAACGGUUCACGGAAGGCGAGUCCGAUAGAGACCUGGCAGCGCGUGCGGUGCGGCCGUGGAUGAGGUGAUCAUGCCCCACGUACGCAAUGCAGAGCACAUCGCGCUCGUGAGCCAUGGGCUCUACAUUGACGCGCUCGUCGCUGCGCUAUUGAAGAGAGACUCUAGCGGUAUUGCCCCUACUCGUGAGUACACUGGGAUGAAGAACACGGCGUGGGCGAGAGUAGUCAUUAAAGUACAGGCAUGCAGGGCAUUGCGGAUGGGACACCAAUAUAUCUCGCUGACGAAGACGCUGCCCCUCUGGUCAUACUUAAUAGUGACGGACUUCAGUCAUGCAGACCAUCUCGUCUCGCUUAACUCCAACACCUGCGGGACCGGCAAGAUUGCCUACGACCAAAGGCAACGGGAAAUUCGGGUGUCCUUCAGCGGCACGACGAAGGCAGUUGCUACUGAGCACUGCGAGAGCAAUGUACUGGACGGUGUUGAUGGAAAAGCAAAGAACUGA